AAACCUCAUUACAGACAUGUUCAACAGCCAAAAAGCGAGGAAGAAUGCGAGGAAUUGAAGGCCCAAACAAACCAAGAUCUCGAGGACUUUAACAUCUUGUCCGAGAAGCCAAAAGGAAAGGAAGACGACAGUGAUAUAGAGAUUAUAGAGGAUGGUGUAAUGGACGUCGAUGUGGAUCAUGCCAAUGGAGAUGAUUUGAUAACCUCCGCGUUUAGUAAAAGUAAAGAAAAUAACUCCAGAAGUAAAGAUGUGAACAAUUUAUCAGGGAACUGUGAAGAGAAUAUGGAGGUAGAAAAAAGAGACUCAAGGGAUUUUACACCUGCUUUUGAUAGUAUAUCUAAGCAGGUCUUGUCAAUGUUAUCCGUCAGAUCUCUGUCUCCGCUCCACAUUAGAACACCUCCACAUUCCAUCCCAAGUGAUGAGGAAAUCGAUGAACCCUUAAGUCCAACAGAUGUCAUAUCGGUAGUUGAUGAGUGGAUGGAAAGCAGAAGGAUAAACAGAUGUCUGCAAUCUGAUUUGUGGGAGAUGGACGAUGUGGAUAUAUCAAAAGAUGUUAAUCUUCUAAUAGCACAAACACAGGAAAUGCAAAAGGUCAUUGUCAUACCAGACUCAGAUGAAGAGAAUGCUCACAGUCCAGUUCCGAGUUGCUCAAAGAUGCCUGAUAAUCAACAGGAUGUUCAUACCAAAGAUGGGAUUAAAGAGGAAAAUGCAAGUACUACACCAGAAAAGGCUGGUGAGAGUGUGGCAGAAGAAGUGUCACCGAUAUUACCUUCAAGUUAUAGGAAACGUGUUAGACCCAAUUUGAAUCUUUAUUCGUCGACACCAAAACUGAAUGCAAAACGUCUGUUCAAAGUCGCAACUCCAAACCUAACUAGAAUAGAACAAGAGUAUUCAUUGUCUAGUGAAGCUGAGAAUAUAGAACCAUUACCAGGACAUGGAAGUACAACCAAAAGUAUUUUGCUGAAUAAAAAAUCUGAUGAUACAAAUAAUCCAGUAGCAUCCGUUGUUACAGAACCUACAGUAUUACUUAGUCAGAGAAGCAAAGUACGAUGCAAACUCAGUAAAUUCUCUGCACUAGAUAAUUUGAAGUCAGACAGCAAAAAUGUAUCAACAGACAGUACUCAAGAACAGGUUUCAUUAAAUCAGGAUGGAUCCAGUUCUGACAAAAGUGUGAAAAGCAUUUUCUCAAGAUCCAUAGAGGACUCUGAAAUUCCACAAGCAUCCUACCAAGAUAGAACAAUCAAAAUUGAUGAAAGUGUCAAAAUAAUUGAAAAAUUCAAAGCCAGAGAUAGUGUCAAAGUUGAUGCAAGCCUUAAUAAAAGCAAUAGUAGUAAAUGUAAUGAGAGUUUUCCAGCAAAUUGUGAAGAUAGAUUAUCUGAAUGUAGUCUGAAUGUAAACAGUGAUAUGGAAGACAUAUCUGAUGUGCACAAAAAAUACAAUAUUGCGGAGGAAACCAAAGAAGCCUCUUCCUCUGCUGUAAAAGAUGAUGUGUGUAGUGUUAACUUUGACCUUAGUUUUGGAGAUGAUUUGUUUGCUGACAUGGAUAUGAAUGAAUUUGAAGGUACCAAAGAUCAGAAAUUUGAAUGUACAACUCCUAAAGAUCCUCCAGUACCAGAGGAGACAAAGCAGUCUUCUGAACAGAAGGACAUUAAACCUUUUGAGAGAUCAAAGCAAAAUCUUCUAAGUGUCACACAAAUCAUAGACCUUGUUGAUGAGUCAAAUGAUGAAAGUGAUUUUGCUUCUAGUAAGAGUAUAUCUGAGCUGGAAAAUGAUGGUGCUUUUAGAAAAGAAAGACUCAGUUAUUCAUUUAAAACCCCAAAUAAAAAUAUGAACCAAGAGAAAGCAGAAAACAUGACAAGAAACACUGAUGAAAAUAGUAAUAAAAAGGUACUGAAGAGGAGUCUCUUAGGCAGAAAUGGGAUAAGCAGUUCAGGUGGAAGCAGAAGACUCUCUUGUUCCAAGUCUGAACCUUUGCUGCAAGAAAAAGAUGCUGAUGACUUAUUAAAUGAGCCCAGCUUUACUUUAUGUGAUGACAUUCUCCUUGAUAGGAAUAAAAAUCAUAAAAAGCUGCCAUCAUUGAGUGCGACUUUAAAUCAGAGUGGAAGGAAUACUUCAUUCUUGAGUGAAACAAAAAAAGCAUCACCUAUACAACCCAUAGCUAAAGAAAAUCCAUCAUCAGAGAAUCCGGAUGCCAGCACCACAGAAGCAGAGCCCAACUUCUCUUUGCUUGAUGAUGUUGACUUUGACAACAAUGAUUGGUCGGAAGAAGUAGAAGAAAAGUCGAAGAGUUUGGAUAACUGGGACUUGCAGGGGAGUGGAGAUUUUGAACCCAUGUCUGAGUCACUGCUGGCUGAUAUUGAGCUAAAUAUGAAGAUGGCCAAGGAAGAGAAAAAGAAGAAAAAGGAAGUGAGUUUCUCUCUCCACACUGAUAAUAAAGCUAAGAACUCUCCAGUCAUAAUAGUUUCAGACGACGAAUCACCUGUUUCACAAAAAAGAGAAUCAGCCAAGCUUAACACAAGUCUACUGGCGGGAACUCAGGAGGCAACGCAGGUGUGGAGAAGACAAAAGAGAAGACUUGGUCAGGUUGUGGAUUCAGAUAGUGAGGAAGAUCUGAAGGACAGUGGAAAUUCAGAAGGAGAAAGUCCCCGAGUAAGAAAGGCGAUGACUAGCUCAAGCUCAGCCAGUACAGAUUCAGAGCGGAAGAGCUGGAAGGGUAAAAGCCUUAAAAACAACAACCGAGACUCCACGGUUUCUAUAGAGGAUGACGAUUUUGAAGGCGAAGUGUCAGUUCUACGUCCAGGGCCUAAGUACAUUAAUCAGGCUGAAAAGAAAACAAAAAGACCUGAUAAACUGAAAAGCAACUUUAUCCAUAAUGAAGCAGAAUUAUCCGAAGAUGGAGAAGGGGUGUCCAGUGAUGAGUCAGAAGGAGAACAUCUCGACAAAUAUGAUGAGAGUUUUGUCGAUGAUUGCACACAGCUCUCCCAAGAUACGGCUGUAGACAUGAAGGCUGUCUACCUGCAGUCGGUUGUCAGUCCAAAAUUAGCUAAUCGCAGGAAUCACCGUUCACAUCGUGCGCCUGUUGUUCUCUCUGACACAGAUGAACAGAGUGAAGAUUUUGAAGAGGAGGAAGAAGACAGCUUUGUGGUGGAUAACAACUUUGUGGAGUAUGACACGGAGUACAUGGGAGACACUAUGCUAGCUGAAGAUUCAAUUAUGAUUAAGGCAAUGCAUGAUCAUGCAAAUGCUAAGAAGAAGCAGAAAGAGGCAGACAAAGGGAAGAACAAAAGAAAGAGAAUAGUUUUGAAUGAUUCGUCAAGUGAUGAAGACCACACAGCAGAGCACAAAAAGAUGAAAAAUAUUGACAAUAGCACAUUUAAUGCCAAGAAGAACAAUAGUAUGAACAAUAGUUUCUCAAGAAAAGGAACUAAUUGCUCUGGAAAAUUAUCUGAACCAAAUAAGGGUAAUUUCAAAGGAGUGGGAAUAGGAAAUCACAAUAAACCAAAAUCAGGAAAAGGAAACGUGAAAUUAGGUAGAGGUGUAACAUCAAAUAUUGAAAAUACACCAGAGGAGAGGACAAAGAUUGCAUCCUGUUUUAAGCCAAGCAGAGAAAGCACAGCACUAGAUUCCUCGCCUGAUAAUGACUUCAAGCAAAUAAGUCGAGUGCAAGUACCUCUUAAGGACCGAGUCAUGGGGAAAAUAAAACAGGCAGAAAAUGCCAACAAGCAGACAAAGGACACGCAGAGAGUCAAGGAUAACAGUGCCAGUAAAAUGGAAGACACUGUGGGUGUAUCGUUUAACUUGGAUUCCGAAGGCUUUGAUUUUGAAUUAGAAGAAGGGAUGUUAGCAAAACAAGAGACCAAAGACUUCACAUUGCCAGUAAAACCCAGCAAAAGUACAUCUUCAUCAUCAUCACAGCAAAAUGAACAGGAGGCUGGGAGCUCAUAUAACUCGGCAAGAAUGCGAGGCUCCUCCUCUCCAAAGGAAAUGCUUCAACCCUCGACAUCUCAAAGCCUUUUGAAAAACUCAGAAUAUGCAGACAGAUCUGACAUGACAAAAACCUUGGGACAGGGAAGCUCAUCAAACACAGCAAGAAUGCAAGGUUCUUCAUCGUCAUCGGCAUCUGGAAGUCACUUGAAAAACUCAGAAGCCAAAUCCAAAGAAGAAAACAGAUCUAUUGGAACAAAAGCUUCAGCGAGUGUACCACCCCUCCUUCUGGUGGACUCUCAGGAAAUUAGUAUUGCAGGCAGCAUUGCAUCCAAACUCAGACUGCAUAAGGAUGUUAACAUAUCAGUGGUUCAACUAGCACACGCUCACUAUGUUACAUCAACGAGAAUGGGAGUCACCAGAUUGUUGUAUUCAGCUUUUACCAGCAUUCAGCAGAGAGGGAAGUUAAUACAGAGGGUGCAAGGCAUGUUAGACAUCUAUGAACGUUCUGUGCUCAUUAUAGAGUCAGACCGUUUAAAGCCUGGGGAAUCUCCUCACAGUGCACACAGUUCUCGCUCAAAAUAUGUGGACACCAUAACAUGUGCUUGUACUCAUGUCAAGCACCUCAAAGUCUUAUAUUCCAGAACUCAAGAGGACACUUCCCAAAUAGUGUGGCAGCUUGUAGAACAAGAGAGAGAAAAGGGUUUCAGUAUUUUUGUGAUCCCAACUUUCUUAAUUCAGCAUCAGAAGAUUCUGAAUUUUUUCAAGUCCUUGCCACACAUCAGCUAUGCAUCAGCCAUCUGCUUGGCAAACAACUUCAAAACUAUUGUUGAUUUCAUUAACAGUUCUGUUGGAGCUAUCCAGGAGAAAGGGUGCAUGACAUAUAAAAAGGCCACAGAGAUAAAGCAAUACCUUUAUCGCAAAUUUCGACAGGACAUGCUACCUUCAUCCUGAUGCAUCUAUAUAGUUGAUAGUAUUGCAAUGCAUAACUUAAAGUUAAUUUACUUUAUUUAAUGAAUUUUAGGUGGCCGAUUGUGAUUAUAUGUUUUAGGGGUAUGAUUGUUGCAUGUUAUUUUUGUAUUGGCAUAUUCAGCACCAAGAAUAAAUAAAUGUCUCAGAAAUUGUGAGAGUGAUGUAUAUACAUAUACUGUAUUGUUAUUUUCUUGUAAACAGUAAUCUAAUAUUUUUUAAAUAUGUAA